AUGACGUCAUCGGAACCGCGUCAUACCGCGCAUGCGCAACCGGCACUUCCGCGAAUGCGUGAAAACUGCAUGACGCAAACGCACUGUUCGCGCAUGCGCAAUGGCGAAAACCAGACACCAAGCCAGCAAGGAGACCCUCAGAUCUCCCAACAGAAAUGUGGCGAAAAUGCCGCGAAUAGGGACAGGGGAAACCCUAGAUCACCAGGGAAGCCCUGUACUUCCCCAGAAGGGAGAAUAAACACUGCGCAGAGAACUGCUGAAUCAAGAGGAGGAAUGCCUCCCAAUCAGAGAAGGCAGGAUUAA